AUGUCGGACUCAACAACAAUCAACAACACGCUCGCCAGCCCAAUCGGGUCCCUUGCCUCCAGUCCCGGCAGCACCCUUGCUUCCCAAUCCGACUCUCCUCGUCCGCGGCUGAGCGCCAGCAGUGGCUUUGGCUUCGCCUCCGCCUCCGCCUGGUCUGAGAUCUAUCAGAAUGAGCCUGAGAAAGCUCCGGCCACGCAGUUGCUGAGUAUUAGCGAUAAUCCCGAUCAUCUCGAAAUUGAUCCCUCCAGCCUCGAGGAGCACAGCCACUUCAGUGACGACAGCACCGACAGCAUGGAAGACUACGAUAUCGUCAGUGGAGCGAGCUCCCCAAGCUCCCUGUCCUUCCAAAUCGUUGAGCCAGAACGCGAAAAGCUCUACCCGAUCGCCAUCACCGUUUUCGUGGGAAGUCCACGGGCUCAGAAAGAUCGACCCGUCCAUCUCAGCUGCAUUGUACUCACAUCCGAUUGGCGCCAGGACUUUUUCCCGAACUCGUGCAAAAACAAAGCCGACAAGGCAGUGAAAUGCAAAGACAUCAUAAAGUACAACGAGCAGUGCCUUCCUCAGAUCGCCAAAUUUGCCUGUGCUAUUUGCUCAGAGCCGACUCCCGCCCGAAAAUUCGUGCACCAGCCCAUUAUGUUCACACGGACUAGCAAAUCCGGACUGGAGGAUGGACCCCGACGCCGGCUGAUCAUGCGAUUGGGACAGCUUGUUCAUAGUCGGUGGAAGUUCCCUGAUAUGAAUGCCACUCUUGGGGGAUCAGCAGAAGCUCAGGUUUUUGAGGUCGCCAUUCCGGUGUGCAAGAGGUCAGGCUGCGGCAUAGCAGGUCGGACGUCUGCCCACCAACUCAUCCGGGCCAUUGUUUCGUCCAAUGCGGACUUGGAUCCCUCAGCGCUGGACCUCGACAUAGUUAUUCCAUUGGCUGAUUUAGGAACCGGUAUAGGAGAUUGGACACCCGACAGAGCAGAGAUUUUGGUGACGAAGCUCGGGCCGGACUGUGUGCCUCUGGAGGUACGCAGCCAUGUCGAAGCAUGA